CACAUGAGCGUAGAGCUACGCAAAUCACGUUACAGUUUCCUGUUGUGUGUGUAUGACAGAGUGUGUUUGGAAGAAAAUGUCAGUGUAGCUCUGAGACCCUGAACAGAACACACACUCAUCUCAUCACAACUGCCAAUCAGACGGAGGGGAGGCGUCAACGAAGGUUAAAUAGAAAUAUUUUGGCCUGUAAGUGAACACAUCCGCUGCACGACUUUGAAGAGGAACGAUAAAGACUUUUGCUCAUAAGAUCACCCUCCAUCUUCUCUGGCUCUGCUCUGAGGACAGAAUGAUGUUGCGUUGGGUACUAAUAUUGCUGUUUGUUGGAUUUCUUAAAGCGCAAGAAAACCCUGUGGUAAUUUACGCACAAGUAGGAGGGACCGUUACCCUACCGAUAUACAGGGUAGAAGGAAAUGCAGGUAAUGUUUAUGUGAACUGGUACCGCGGGUCAGACACAAUCCCAACUAUCACGAAGAAUCCUCAGAGUGGGAUCCAAAAGGCGAGAGAAAUGAAGACACACGCUGAUCUGUUGUCGGAUUUCUCUCUCCAAAUCUCACCAGUACAGCAUUCUGAUUUUGAAAUUUGGCGCUGUGUACAACAUGUAUUAAUAACUACUUCAGAAAAGACCUACAAACUGUACCAUGUCACUAUCCCCAAAGUGCCGGCUGUGAUGGCUGGUGACAUUCUGUCUCUGGAAUGUAAAGUGGACUCUAGUCCAUUUAAACCCAGAGUAACAUGGAUUCCACCUCAAAACUCUUGUAAUCAAAUAAAUAAUUACGGCGAGAAAACUGAAGUCAGAGGUGUGUCUAGGUGUAAUAGUGGUGUUUGGACAUGCAAGUUGGAGUAUGAUGGGAGAAAAACUGAAGCAACAACAACUGUUUUUAUAAUAGACCUCUCCCCUUUUGCAGAUACCAUUUAUACCUCAUAUUCGUCCUCUACAGUCGACAUUCCUUGUUCCUUGUAUUCUAACAUUCCCUGGUCAGUCUUGAAAGAAUCUGGCCUCUGGGGUGGUAGCUGGAGCUUCACUCCUCUCAGCGACCCGAAGUCAACACAAUCUCUCCUCAGCCUCAGCGUUGAUCUGGUGGUCAGAUGGAACAUUACACAAGGCGCAAACAAUACCAUCAAGGUCAAGGGAAGAGAGUUGAAAGACCAGGAUCUAUCGAUUCGUAAUCUGCCUGUAUCAGAGAACAUCAGGGGGGUUUACACAUGUGAUCUAAAAUUUAACACCAAGACCCUCAGCAGUGAAGUCACGGUGGAGGUUCUGAAGGUUUCCUCUUCUGGAGGAACUCGAGUAUAUGAAGGCCAAAGCGUGAAUCUGACAUGCACAUUAGGACAUCAACAUAGCUCCGACUUCGAGGUGAAAUGGAGCUGCUCGUCUUGCUCCUUUAUUUCUAGUCUCAAGCCCCCUCAUCCAUCUUCCUUGUCCAUCCCUGAAGUGAAAGUGAAGGACAGUGGGAGAUGGACAUGUGAACUCUGGAAAAACGGGAAGAAGCUGACAUCUGCUGUGCUUUCAUUAAAGAUUGUGAAAGCUCCAGUGGACAUCUGGCUUUGUGUUGCCAUCAGUGGUGGAGUCGUGGGCUUCAUCUUGCUCCUAGUGAUCGUCAUUAUAUGCAUUCGCAGACACAGACAGAUGAUGAUGUACAGACGACGCAAAACCAAAUUCUGCUGCUGCAAUAAUCCCCAGCAGAAUCAAAAGGGAUUCUACAAGACAUGAGGAUCCUCUGAUUUUCAUUUUUAUAACAAUGUUAAUGUACAGCUGCCUGAACAAAUCCUCCCUUGCCAGAACUGACUGUCAUCAUUGUGCAGAUGAUGCUGGAAUUUUUUUUAUAAUUGUGUCAAAUACUCUCAUAGCCACUUUAUAUAUACUUGAACAUGCCUGAUCACAAACUAUGUUAUAUGCAACUCAAACAAUAUCUCUUUCGGUGUAUAUAACAUAUCUUUUGUUUGGAGGAUAAAUGUGUUAACAGGAUUAAACUCAGUGGCUAUUGUAAUCUAAGCACAGGCAUUAUACCUGUACAUUUUUUAUUACAAUUGCCCAAAGUGCCUCUUUAUAGUGUUCGGAUAUUUUUAUCCA